CGGCUGAGCAUACAUUUACCAGCCAAAUCCUUCUCUCAUCUUCUCAGAUCCGAUUCGUCCAAGACACAAAGGCCUUUGGUGCUUGCGUUUUUUUUCUUCACUAUUCAUCGACGUCACUACGCUACAAUGCUCACCUCACCACUCCGCCAAGAUCAUCUCGUCCCGGAGACAUUAAUGGCGGACGCAAGCCCCAUCAUCCGUCCUGAGACGCCUCCAGACUUGCAUAUCCCAGAUUCGCAGGCCACUGUGAAGGUGUCAAUCAUUGAUACCACUAGUUAUAUGAGCAACUUUCCCAUGUGGGCUUUCCUCGACCCAUUGAUGCCUGGGCACGAGGAGAUGAAAGGUUGCGACUUUUCCUUUAUUAUUGAACAUCCCAAGAGUGGCAACAAGUAUGACACUUUGCUCUUUGAUCUUGGUGUCCGCAAAGACUGGGAGAAUUUACCGACACCAUUUGUCCAAGGUAUCAAGGCAGGGGGUUGCAAGAUUGAGGUGCAAAAAGAUGUCGCCACUAUUCUGAAGGACAACGGGAGAGACUUGUCUGAGGUGGGAGGUAUUAUUUGGUCUCACUGGCACUUUGACCAUGUUGGUGAUGCCCAGACAUUCCCAGGCACAACAGAUGUCAUCGUCGGACCCGGGUUCAAGAAGGCCCACGUCCCAGCCUGGCCUACAGAUCCUGAGUCUCAUAUUGACGAAAAGGCAUGGCAAGGUCGCACACUGCGCGAAAUUGACUUUGCUGCGGAAGAAGGAAAAGGCCUGAAGAUCGGCCAAUUUGAUGCUCUCGACUUCUAUGGCGACGGAAGCUUUUACGUCCUAAACACUCCUGGUCACACCAUCGGCCAUCUUUCCGCCCUUGCUCGAACAACAGUUGAUCCCCCAACCUUUAUCUUCAUGGGCGGAGAUAUCGCACACCAAGGAGGAGAGUUCCGGCCAACACCAUACAUGCCUCUUCCCGCCGAGAUCUCGCCCAACCCAUUCAACCGCAUUUUACCACGCCCAGCGCUUACAUGCCCUGGAGAGAUCUUUGUUGAGAUUCAUCGUAACAAGAGCCGCACAGAGCCCUUUUUCGACCCGACCACCGCCGAGGGCGCGUGGCAUCACUGUGCUCACGAAGCGAAACGCAGCAUCGACAAGCUGACCGAGUUCGAUGCUUACGAGAACAUUUUCCCUGUCAUUGCGCAUGAUAACAGCUUGUAUGGCGUUAUCGAUGUUUAUCCAAAACCAGCAAAUGAUUGGUUUGCAAAGAGUUGGAAGGACAAGACCAGAUGGGGUUGGCUCAAUGAGUUCGACCCUAGUUUUGCAGGAUUGGCCAAGGCUAGUGAACCAUGAUAUUUGAGCGUUUGUUUAUAUAGAAUUUUGUCGCGCUUUCAUUCGCGCUGCAUGAUUAUUGGCGGUCGUAUUUUCCUACAAUAUGGGAGUCUUGGGGCUACUGAAGGAUUACACGUAUUAGCAAGGUCGCUGAUUUCGAUGGAAAUAGUAACGAUAGCCAAAGGUUCAUCUCUACAGUUAGCUUUGCCGAUAAAGUCUCUGAGCCCUC